AUGACCAAGUUGAUAGCUGUUACAGGUGCCACGGGUAACCAAGGUGGCUCAGUUGCCAAGCUCCUCCUGCACCACCCAGAAGAAUAUCGAGUACGUGCCCUCACGCGAAACCCGGAUUCUGCAGCUGCCAGGGAACUUGCCGGCCUCGGGGCAGAGAUCGUUCGAGCCGAUCUAACGGUACCUUCGGACGUCCCACCGGCCUUGGAGGGCUGCUGGGGCGUAUUUGGAGUGACGAACUUUUACGAUACUGCAUGUACCUCCUAUAUCAUAAAGGAUGAUCCUGGCAGCGAAGAGCAGCAGGGAAAGCAUCUUGCAAAGGCCGCAUUGGACGCAGGCGUGCAGUGUUUUGUAUGGAGUACACUUCCUAGUUCGGAAAAGCUGUCCGAGGGUAAACUCGUUUCGCGCAUCUAUGAAGGAAAAUACCAUGUAGACGAGUAUAUCCGCGAAAUCAAUCUCCCAGGAGUAUUCGUCUACACGGGGACGUUCUACGAGAACCUCAUCUACAGAAACCACGUGAAGUAUGACAAGGAGCAAGACAUUAUUGAGUUUACGCAACCCAUAUUGCUACCAGAGACAAGAUUGGCUAUGCUUUACGUCGAGAAAGAUUUAUCUGCAAUCGUCAAAGCCAUCUUCGAUCAAUGGGAUACUAAACACGGAGAACUAAAUCACAAAUACCUAUAUGCCAUGAACACAAGGAUAGCACAGAGUGAAAUCUCCGAGGCGAUCGAGAAACUCUCCGGAAAGCACGUGAAAUAUACAGUCCUCCAAACGACUGGAGUACAGGAUCGCGACAUCAUGUUCCGCCUGUACAACCACGGGUACAUGUACAGAGGAGCGAGAAUCCCCGAUGAGAACGUGUUCAAGCUUCUCGGAGUGAAGUUUCAUGGCUUUGAGGAUUUCGGCAGAGACAAGCUCUUGCCGUACCUAGGAUUGGAGGUCGUGUCUGAGUAAAUUUAUGAGUGGGGAUGAUCAUUCCAGCUUUCAUAUGUGCAUGCAAAUUCUAUCUCUUCGAUUGUGGUUACCUAUCGAGCCGUAUCUAAUUUAAUUGCGAGCUUGGGAUGACUUUUGAUUCGAGGCUGUUGAACCGUAUUCCUUUUCUUAGACUUGGAUUUACAACACAAAAUUUCCCAAAUCAUAAUAUGUCGUAGCGCCACUGGGGGCUUUCUAUACAUAUCUCCUCUGAUAUGCAUCCUACUCGCC